UCCGGACCUAAGGAUGAGGCGCUAAGGCACUUGGGUGUUUGGGGCUGGUCCGGGACCGGAAGUGCGUGGGUUUCCGGGCUGGCCCUCUUUAGGGUUUUCAGGAAACCGGGAAGCGGCGGCGAUGGUAGGAUAGCGCUGUUGUGACGGUCUCCGGGUCCUCUGUGAGAGGAAACGGGAGGAUGCCACUGGAGUCAUCUUCCUCUUCGAUGCCACUAUCUUUCCCUUCUCCCUUACCCUCGGUACCAGACAAUAUUUCUGACUCUUCCCCUCCUCCAAUGUCUUACAUCACUUCCCAGGAGAUGAAAUGUAUUCUUCAUUGGUUUGCCAGCUGGUCAGGUCCUCAGCGUGAACGUUUCCUACAGGACCUGGUUGCUAAGGCAGUACCAGGAAAAUUACAGCCACUGCUGGAAAGUCUAGAGCAGCUUAGUGUGUCUGGAGCAAACCGACCACCUUGUAUCUUUGAGUGCCAGCUACGUCUUUGGGAUCAGUGGUUUCGAGGUUGGGCUGAGCAGGAGCGCAAUGAAUUUGUCAGGCAGCUGGAGAUCAGUGAGCCAGACUUUGUGGCAAAGUUUUACCAAGCAGUGGCUGCUACAGCUGGUAAAGACUGACAGGUAUUAAAAUCAAAGAAGAUAACCAGAAGUGUUGGAGCCAAGGCCACAACUUUACCAUGAGAAUUUCGCAUGUAUUACUUAAAGGUAUGGGGAUGGUAUUCCAAUCAGCUGUCUGAACUCGCUGAAGUACAGGCCUGGUGAUUUCAACGUGAACAGCCUAUCAGCUGGACUCCUGAUAAAUGUGUAAAUGUCCUCCAUCGGAGUGAAUCCAGAUCAUCAGUCUGCCUCCUACUUGGUUCGUUCCAAGACAUGUCAAACCCUCAAAGAAUUUAAAGACUUUUGCAACCAUAACCAAAAGGAAUCUAUACAUUAUACACAUUGCUGGCCUGUGGGGUAUAAAGUAGAGCCUUCCUAUUCCAGAAAGGGGCCGUAAAAGGUCACGUUUUUAUAACUUACCUGGAUUCGGAUGGUGGUUUCACCACUCCUACCAGCUUCUGGCAUAAUUAUGUGAGAUUUAAACUGCAAGCUUGAAUUUUGGAAAAAUCAGGAGAUGGAGAUACUUACUCCUUCCUCCACACUGAUGUUUUUUAGAACCCAAAAAGCAGUGACUUUUGGAGUUCCCUUGUGAUAUAGCAGGUUAAUGACCCAGCGUUGCCACUGCAGCCACUUGGGUUGCUGCCAUGGCGCUGGUUUGAUCCCCAGCCCAGGAACUUUUACAUGCCAUGGGUGUGGCCAAACCCCCCCACAAAAUAGCAAUGACUUUUUUCUAAUGUGUAUGUGACAUCCUUGAAGCUGGUAGCAUAUAUUCCUAUUCUGUAAGUUUACUCUACAGGAAUAUGAAAACAGUUGACAUUCCUUACAGGUUGAAGGGUUUAUUUUUUGUAUCAAAAUAAAGAAUGAAUUUUCAGAA